AUGAAUUCAAUAUGCAGAGCAAUAACCACAAAAAAACGCCUUCUUCUCUUGCGUCCCCUACAGCUUCUGCAAUCUCACUACGCCACCACCACUGGAAAAACUAAACCCAAAACCCAAAACACUAAAACCAUCACUAAACCUCCUCCUUCCGAACCACCACAACAACCACCGCCAAAGGUCGAUUGGCCGAGGCCGGUCGAAGUCCCGUUCCAGCCGAAGGUUGCCAAUUCAGUGCGCCUCGUUGGUCACGUGCAUACCCCUCUUCAAUCCCAACCUACCCCUGAUGGGAACGUUUGGGCUGCCACCAUUCUCUCCUCUUCUUCAUCUUCGUCUCAUUCUCUAAAGAUGCCCAUAAUAUUUGAGGGUGACUUGGCUCAUAUUGCCAGUUUGCAUUUGAAAGAGAAUGACUUUGUGUUUGUAGCCGGAAGUUUGAGAUCGGAUUUGCAUCAUCUAAAUGCUAGUAAGGGCCAGACCCCUCUCCAGGUUAUGGUGCAUACUCUUUACUUUGUCGAAGAAUCUUCUCAAACGACUAAAAGCUCUAAAGAUGACAAACAAGAAGAAAAGUCCAUUGAUCACACAGUAGCAGCAGGUGUAAAGGAGGACAUGGAGAAAUCAUGGAAAAAUCUCCUCACAUGGAAAGAUCUCCUUGCCAAUCCUCAUGAGUGGUGGGACAUCAGGUUGAAAGAGGAUAAUCUGAAGGCUGCAGCAUUUGAACGGAAGAAUAAUGGCGAAGUACUUCGGAUUGAUGACUCAACUCCUGAAUGGAUCCGAAAUAAGUUAGAUUCCACGACAUUUGAUCAGAAAUCUAUAUCAGAUAGUUGUGAAACUAGCUUGAAGAAAGAUGGGGAUUCUACGUUAGGUCUUUGGAGAGACCUUCUUGAUAAUCCAAAACAGUGGCGGGAUUACCGCAACCCCAAGCUCAAUGGAUUGGUAAACCAAAACUACCCUGAUUUCAAGAGCAAGGAUGGUAGUCAUGCACUCUGGCUUAACAAGGCACCACAGCCGGUUUUGUCAGAACUUGAAGGCAUGAAGUUUGAUGUUCAAAUUCAGAAGUCAAAACAAGCAAAGGAGAGUAAAGGUGAUGAGUCCUGGAAGGACUUGGUGGAAAACCCGAAUAAAUGGUGGGAUAAUAGAUUGGACAAGCGGAACAAAAAAGCUCCAGACUUUAAACACAAAGAAACUGGUGAAGGACUAUGGCUUGACAGUUCACCGGCAUGGGCGCUACCUAAACUGCCACCUUUAAAAACUAAGCAAGCUGUGACGAUUGGCAAUACGCCUCCCGCAUGA